AUCACCCUUUGUCCUCCAGCUUUCGCCUUCCCUGCACUGGGCCUGCGGGCCUGGUUGCUAGGCGGAAGCGGGGCGCGGCGGCUGCCGCUGCGGCUGCCCGGGCGUUUGAAAAGCGGCCACACAGGCGGCAAAAGACCCCGCCUGUGGGCCGCCCACCGCGACCAUGGUCUCCAAGUCCGACCAACUGCUCAUCGUCGUAUCCAUCCUAGAAGGUCGUCAUUUCCCCAAGCGUCCAAAACAUAUGCUUAUAGUAGAAGCAAAGUUUGACGGAGAACAGUUGGCUACUGACCCUGUGAACCACACCGACCAGCCAGAAUUUGCUACCGAGUUAGCCUGGGAGAUCGACAGGAAAGCACUCCAUCAGCACAGGCUGCAACGCACGCCGAUCAAACUGCAGUGUUUUGCCUUGGAUCCCGUAUCUUCAGCCAAGGAAACUAUAGGCUACAUUGUGCUAGACUUGAGGACUGCUCAAGAAACAAAGCAGGCGCCAAAAUGGUACCAGCUGUUGAGUAAUAAAUACACCAAGUUCAAGUCGGAGAUACAGAUAAGCAUUGGUUUGGAAACAGACACCAAGGCGCCAGUGGAUAGUUUUAAAGCAAAAGGAGCCCCCCCUCGAGAUGGAAAAGUACCUGCCAGCUUGUCUGGCCUCAACCCCAAGGACAUUGUGGCAGUGCUGAAUGAGGAGGGAGGCUACCAUCAGAUCGGACCAGCCGAGCAUUGCACAGACUCCUUCAUUAUGUCAGUGACCAUAGCAUUUGCCACCCAACUGGAGCAGUUAAUUCCAUGUACCAUGAAACUUCCAGAAAGACAGCCUGAGUUUUUCUUUUACUAUUCUUUGCUGGGAAAUGAUGUUACAAAUGAACCCUUCAGUGAUUUGAUCAACCCAAACUUUGAGCCAGAGAGAGCAUCUGUUCGAAUACGUAGCAGCAUAGAAAUUCUUCGUGUUUACCUGGCACUUCAGUCUAAACUACAGAUCCAUCUUUGCUGCGGAGACCAGUCACUUGGAAGUACAGAAGUGCCCUUAACCGGACUGCUGAAAAAGGGGAGUACGGAAAUCAACCAGCGCCCCGUUACAGUUGAGGGUGCUUUUAUUCUUGACCCUCCGAAGCGAGCCAAGCAAAAGCUUGCACCUAUUCCUGUGCAGCUGGCCCCCACUGUGGGCGUGUCUGUGGCUCUGCAGAGAGAAGGCGUAGAUGCCCAGUCUUUAAUUGAAUUAAAGACCCAGAACGAACAUGAGCCACAGCAAUCAAAGAAGCAAGUUUUAACUCCUGUAAAAGAGAAGACGCUCGCUGGGCCAAAGUCACCAAGCGUGUCCCCUGUUCCACCUCAAAACCAGUCGCCUCCAACCCAAGAUGAUGCAACCGGAAGUGAAGUGGAGAGCCUGCAGUAUGACAGGGACAUGAAACCAAACGCAAAGGCCAUGGGUUCUUCUUUGCCUCUUCCGGUGGCCCAGCCAGUGACCACAGCCACUGCUUCAGAAACCGCCUCGGGACAGAAGAUUGCGGUGCCAGCGACAUCACAUCAUUUUUGCUUCUCAAUAGACUUAAGGAGUAUCCAUGAUUUGGAAGCUGGUUUUCCAAUCAACUGUAUGUUAAGGUACUCCUAUCCAUUCUUUGGUAGUGCAGCUCCUAUUAUGACAAAUCCUCCUGUAGAAGUUCGCAAAAACAUGGAAGUUUUUCUUCCACAGUCUUACUGUGCAUUUGACUUUGCAACUAUGCCUCAACAGCUGCAGGAUACCUUCUUAAGGAUUCCACUGCUGGUUGAAUUAUGGCACAAGGACAAAAUGAGUAAAGAUUUACUCCUGGGAAUCGCCAGGAUCCAGCUUUCUAACGUCUUGUCUUCAGAAAAAACUCGCUUUUUAGGUUCCAGUGGUGAACAGUGUUGGCGUCAGACGUACAGUGAAAGUGUGCCUUUUAUAGCAGCACAGGGGUCGAACAACAGGAUAAUGGAUCUUUCUUACACAGUAACUCUAGAAGAUUAUGGACUAGUAAAAAUGCGUGAGAUUCUUGUAUCUGAUUCAUCUCAGGGUUUAUCUGCUGGGCAACAGAAGGCAUGUUCCCUUCCUCCAGCACCUUGUCCUUCAGAAAUCCAGACAGAGCCUCGAGAAACCUUAGAAUACAAAGCAGCACUAGAGCUAGAAAUGUGGAAAGAGAUGCAGGAGGACAUUUUCGAAAAUCAGCUGAAGCAGAAGGAAUUGGCUCAUAUGCAGGCUCUUGCAGAGGAAUGGAAGAAAAGAGACCGAGAAAGAGAAUCACUCGUAAAGAAAAAGGUGGCUGAAUAUACUGUCCUAGAAGGAAAACUUCAAAAAACCCUAAUUGACUUAGAGAAACGAGAGCAGCAGCUGAUCAUUGCAGAGUCAGAGGUUCAAAGAGAAAGGAAGGAACUGAAAUCAGAACGUGACCGGAACCUGCAAGAACUUCAGGACUCCAUCCGAAGGGCCAGAGAAGAUUGUGUUCACCAAGUAGAACUAGAAAGGUUAAAGAUCAAGCAGCUAGAAGAGGACAAACAUCGACUGAAGCAGCAGCUUAAUGAUGCUGAAAAUAAGUAUAAGACUUUGGAAAAAGAGUUCCAUCAGUUCAAGGAUCAGCAAAGCAACAAACCAGAAAUCCGCCUUCAGUCUGAAAUAAAUCUACUCACCUUGGAAAAGGUUGAACUUGAAAGGAAGUUGGAAUCUGCAACUAAGUCUAAACUACAUUACAAGCAGCAGUGGGGACGAGCUUUGAAAGAACUUGCCAGACUUAAACAGCGGGAACAAGAAAGUCAAAUGGCUCGUCUUAAAAAACAGCAAGAAGAAUUGGAACAGAUGAGACUACGUUACCUGGCUGCUGAGGAAAAGGAUACAGUCAAGACGGAGAGACAAGAAUUGUUGGAUAUAAGGAAUGAAUUAAACAGGUUAAGGCAACAAGAACAAAAACAGUACCAGGAUUCCAGAGAGAUUGCAAGUGGAAAAAUGGACAGCCCACGUGGCAACCCAUUGGAAGAAGGUUUGGAUGAUUAUUUGACUCGACUCAUAGAAGAAAGGGAUACUUUGAUGCGGACGGGUGUGUAUAAUCACGAGGAUCGAAUAAUAAGCGAACUAGACCGACAGAUCAGAGAGGUUUUGGCAAAACACAAUGCCAGUAAUUAAUAACAUUUGGAAAAUCUUUACAGAGACUCCAGGCUUAAAUUUUAAUUUCGUUGUCAAACUCUCAAAAGAAGAGAAAAUGGAUGUUUUAAAAACCUAUUUUCAAUUUUUUACAAGGAGAAUUUUGUAUGUUAUUGUACAGUAUUUAUUUGAUUUUAUUUACCUUAUGCUACCUCUCCCACCCUGGUUUUGUCAUUGCAUUUUAUACACUCACUUUAAAUGACUUUUCAUUAUUUCCCAUAAUUUAUGAUUUCAUGGCUAACUUUCAGAACAGCUUUUCAUGAGAUUUGUUCUUAGAGAAAUGACUAUGGUAGUUUCCAGUUACCUAAUUUUUCAUGUUGAGCCAAAAGAGUCUAUGUUGCACUUUAAAAAAGCCGUGUCCUGUUCAUUUGAAUAUAGAGAUCUCUCCAAUUUUAUUUAACUCAUGUUAGAUGGCCUGUGUUUUUAACUUGUAACUAUUUGCCAAGGACAGGUUUGACAACAGAAAACAGGAUCGAUGCAGAGAAGCCAUAACACACACUGAAUGACAAAAAAAGUCAUUUGUGUAAAUAAAAUUCAUACAGAGCAAACUUGUUUCAGCAAGUAUUGAAUUUCCAAAUUUUCCGUGUGCUAUUAUCUUGCAGGAAGAUGACAGUACUAGCUUUAAAAGGGAUUUUUUUUAUCUUCCAGUAACACUGAUGCUCGUUGUUAACCCAAACCCUCUAAUGUAACAGGCAAACAGACACAAAGGCCCGUGCUGAGAAAGGAGGAGUGAAAAAUGGCUAUUUUUUACUCCCCCUAAUCUUAAUCAGUCUUUUUAAAGUACACGAGAUGAAGUCAUUGGAUUUAUGUAGUGCCCUGUCUAUAGAAGCUUCUGAGAAUUCCUAUACAACGUCUUCUUCGUGGCCAACAUCUGUCCUCAGAGCAACACUUUCUACCUCCUUUUACAGGGUACCGAAAAGGCUGGUUAGCAGAUUCACAGAUUAUGUGAGUCUUAAGAUACAUGCUGUUUAAAAUUUCCCUGAUGCCCAAAUACAAUAAAUUUAAGUGUACUUCAGGAAAUAGGUAACAUUUACCGAGAACUUCCAUAAAAGCAGAACAGGCUGUUGGGAAACAUGAAAAUAAUUUUCCAUUGUUUUCAAGGAGGUGUAUUUUUUUGAAGAGCAAAGCCCCAACACACAUUAUAGGUUUCAUUUUGUUUCCUUAAUAACAAAGUAUUCAUCUUCUAAAAACAACCCAGCAGUAAAAAACAGAGAAAGAAAUUUCUGAGUGAGAGAAUACGGACUAGGUGAAUCACAGCAGGAAUCGGAAAUAUUAAUUAUGGUUAAACCUUUCUCUCUUUAACUCACGCCCCACGAAUGGAAUCGGAGUGUUGUUAUUUCGGAAGGUCUCUGGUAAAAUAUUGUGACUGUGCCUUCACCUGCUUUGUGUGCUGCGUGUGACUGUUUUCAGACACUAGAGGGGGCCUCAGAUUUAAAGAAACAAAAGGACUUUUCUCAUCUGGUGUGUGGUUCACUUCGCCUUCUGUAAAGCUGUCCUCUGGCUCUGUCACUUAACAAAUAAAAGUCAUAAUCCGAUGUCUCUUGGA